GCCGUCACGUGCCGCGGGUCACGUGCCCGCCCGGCCCCUUUGUUUUGAGCGGCGCUGGCAGCGGCCGGCAGCACCCGAGAGCUCCGCGCCGAGCCGGGCAACGGACGGUGACGCCGCGGCGCGCGAAGAUCCCGGCCCGGCCCGGCCCCUGCUCGGCUGCGGGUGGCACCGAAACCCGGAGGACCGUAGCACUGCAGAGAAGAAACUCGGCCAACUUUUCUCAAUGACUCUAUAGCCAACUGAUGUAACAAUGGUACUAAUAUUGGGACGCAGACUGAAUAGAGAGGAUAGUGGGAUACGAGAUUCCCCUGCAACCAAGCGGAAAGUUUUUGAAAUGGACCCAAAGUCGUUGUCAGGCCCUGAGUUUUUUGACUUCUCCUCGGGAUCGUCGCACGCUGAAAGCAUUCUGCAGAUCUUCAAUGAGUUCCGAGACAGCCGGCUGUUCACGGAUGUCAUUAUCUGUGUGGAGGGCCGGGAGUUUCCCUGCCACCGCGCGGUGCUCUCAGCCUGCAGCAGCUACUUCAGAGCCAUGUUUUGCAACGACCACCGAGAAAGCAGGGAGAUGCUGGUGGAGAUCAACGGCAUUCUAGCUGAAGCUAUGGACUGCUUCUUGCAGUAUGUGUACACUGGCAAGGUGAAAAUCACUACAGAGAACGUGCAGUAUCUCUUUGAAACAUCGAGCCUCUUUCAGAUCAGCGUUCUGCGCGAUGCCUGUGCCAAGUUCCUGGAAGAACAGCUGGACCCCUGCAAUUGCCUGGGCAUCCAGCGCUUCGCAGACACGCACUCUCUCAAGACGCUGUUCACCAAGUGCCGGAAUUUUGCACUGCAGACGUUUGAGGACGUGUCCCAGCACGAAGAGUUCCUCGAGCUGGGCAAAGAUGAGCUUAUUGAUUACAUCUGCAGCGAUGAACUGGUGAUCACCAAGGAAGAGAUGGUGUUCGAGGCCGUCAUGCGCUGGGUGUACCGGGCGGUCGAGCUGCGAAGGCCGGUGUUACACGAGCUGCUGACGCACGUCAGGCUCCCGCUGUUACACCCCAACUACUUCGUUCAGACCGUGGAAGUGGACCAGCUGAUACAGAAUUCCCCAGAGUGCUACCAGCUGCUGCACGAGGCCAGGAGGUACCAUAUCCUUGGCAAUGAGAUGAUGUCUCCCAGGACUCGGCCACGCAGGUCAACUGGUUAUUCUGAGGUGAUAGUUGUUGUUGGAGGCUGUGAAAGAGUUGGAGGGUUUAACUUGCCGUACACCGAGUGCUACGAUCCUGUAACAGGAGAAUGGAAAUCACUGGCCAAACUUCCAGAGUUUACCAAAUCUGAGUAUGCAGUGUGCGCCCUGCGGAAUGAUAUCCUUGUUUCAGGUGGAAGAAUCAAUAGUCGGGAUGUCUGGAUUUAUAACUCUCAGCUUAACAUUUGGAUCAGAGUUGCCUCCUUAAAUAAAGGCAGAUGGCGUCAUAAAAUGGCUGUUCUUCUUGGUAAAGUCUACGUCGUUGGAGGGUACGAUGGGCAGAACCGCCUCAGCAGCGUGGAGUGCUACGAUUCGUUUUCCAAUCGAUGGACAGAGGUGGCUCCCCUCAAGGAAGCUGUGAGCUCUCCUGCAGUCACCAGCUGUGUCGGCAAACUGUUUGUGAUCGGCGGCGGUCCUGACGACAACACGUGUUCUGACAAGGUUCAGUCUUAUGAUCCUGACACGAAUUCUUGGCUGCUCCGUGCGACUAUCCCUAUUGCAAAAAGAUGCAUUACGGCUGUGUCUUUAAACAAUCUGAUCUAUGUUGCUGGUGGGCUCACCAAGGCAAUAUACUGCUAUGAUCCAGUUGAGGACUACUGGAUGCACGUACAGAACACAUUCAGCAGACAGGAGAAUUGUGGCAUGUCUGUGUGUAAUGGAAAAAUCUAUAUCCUUGGUGGAAGACGGGAAAACGGUGAAGCCACAGACACUAUUCUUUGCUAUGAUCCUGCAACGGGCAUUAUCACAGGAGUAGCAGCCAUGCCCAGGCCAGUAUCGUAUCACGGCUGUGUGACCAUUCAUAGGUAUAAUGAAAAGGGCUUUAAACUGUAAUUUUUUCUUCUUGGAGAAGAAGAAAAGGAGAAGAUGAUGGCAUGAACGAAUCCAGUAGUCUGCUGCAAGACUGAUUUAUAAAUCCAAAUGUGGGAAAAUGCCCUUUCCCUACCUAAGUGUCAUAAAAAAUUGUAUCCUGUGCCUUUUUGGGGAGAGAGAAAAAAAAAGCAAGGAGGGUUAAUUUAAGUUAAACUGGUCUCUUGUCUACAGAUCUAUCUAGUAACCAGACUGUGCUGUGCUAGGGAUCAGAUGGUUGUCCUAUGUGUGUUUAGUAAUUCAAUCUUGGAAGCUUUGUAGGGAAAGUGCCUUCACAAGCACUUGUGCCUGUGUCUUAAGUAGGGAUACCUACAAGGUGUUUCAGAUUCUGCUAAUUGGGAAAGUACAUAGGGAAGUAAAUCUCAAAGAAUUAUCCAGGAUAAUUACUUUCAGUCAAGAAAAACAAACAAAAAAAACCAGCUCGUAUGAUUACAAUUCAUAUGCAAUGCAUUCUCACAAGCAGAUUACAUGGCUUAACCAAAUAGAUUUUAUUUCAGAUCAUGCAUGGUUUGAGAGUUAAAGGAAAAGCGAAAACAUACAAAAAAAAAAAAAAAAAAAAAAAAGAGACUAUUUAAGCUCCAUAGGACAAGUAUCAGAUAAACGUUUUUCUCUGAAGAAGAACAGCAACAUCUUGGUUGUUUAGUGAGCCACUGCAACAUACUGCAGCGAGGACUGUGUACCUUAAUGCCAUGGACCUCAUUCGUAGUGUUGUUAAAUGCCUACCAGAAGUGCACGGCUACAUAACAUGGAAAACUAGUGACUAGUGGGGUGUAGGUCUGCUGUGUGAAACAAACGUGGAAUCCUGGUGUUUCAAUUCCCAAGUAGUAUAGAUGAAGCCUGAAAGUUGCUGGGUUCGCUCCCUGCUCGCUGCAAAGCGCCUCUAAGCUACUGAAGGGAUAAAGAAGAACGAACUCCGGAUUCUGCUGCUGUUCAUAACGGCGCCAUGAAUGACCUAGCAGCAGGUGGGGACUCAGUCUGUAUCCUGCAGCAAACAGACGGGUCUUCAAGAUCUGUCGUCUGAAGAGAUGAUUCAGUUACCUGCCAAGUAUUGGUCUUCAGACAAUCACUUCAGUGCAACUCAACCAGUGCAAAAGCUGCUUGGCCACAGAUGAGGAGUUCUGCAGGUCCUUCAUGUCACUAGAAAAAUGGCCGUGCAGCUCUCCGUGUAACCAUAACUCCUGCAUCACAUGUCCUGGCUCAUUCUGUAGCCAGCAAAGCACGUGUAUUUCAACCCAGAUUUCCUUAGCAAAGGUAUUUCUUUUAAGUCCUCUUUAUAUUUCUGCACUUGGUCUCUUUAUUCCCAUUGUGCAGCUGUACAGCUGAGGCACAAGUUCGCGAAAACUGAAAUAGCACUUGAGAGCUGGAAAAUGAGCAGGAUUUUCUAUCUUCUGAUUUCCUAUUAGUCACCAGAAAACUCGGGAACUCCCUUUCAAAGAAACUCUGACAGCAGCCAGUAGGGAGGUUGGUCAGUGCCAGGGCAAAGCAUACGGUUUGUGCAAGGUGAGCUGGCUUCAGCGUUCUGGUGUCCAUGCUUACUCAGGAGGGUAAAACAAGCACCAUCUGUGGAACGUCGCUUGCUCUGCUGGACUUUCUUCACCAUCUUUGUUUCUUUAUGAGAUGGAAAUUCUGACCCUCAGUGAAGCUGUGCCAAAUUGGGAGUCAUCGUUUUCAGUGCCACGCGGUCGUGACUUUUAAAGAGCACUGGGAGCUGCACUUUGUGAUGCAUUAACUUGCAACCUCAGGAAAGGACACAUUUCAGUUUCUGGCUGAAUACCAAACACUGCUUUGUAUAUGUAAAGAAUAUUGAUAAAAUACGAAAUUCUGCACAUCAGUGAUGUAAUUAGGAAAUGAGCCCCGUGUACAUUCACAUUGCCCUAAAUAGGAAGCCAUUUGGGAACCUAAGACAGAUCUUGGAUAUAAAUGGAAUUCUUUUCUAAGUUUCCAGUGUGUCUGCUCGCCGAGUGUUGUUCAAAAAUGUUAUUUUAGUACCUGUGAAUAAGGUCCACUGAUAGCAAUGGUAAUUGCCCAGUAACUGAUACGAUAUACUAACACUGUAUAUAACUCGUGCCAUCAUUGUAAAUGACAAUGUAAAAAAUGAUAGGAGCACUUCAUUAGAGAUGCAGUUUGAAAAAUAUUCUUCCUUCCUCUGACUUCCUUCAUGUUUAUAUUCAGAUUUGUGAUGUUGAUUGUCAUGCUAAACUGUUUUUAAGCGUU